AAAAAAUCAAGUAUUUAAUUAGAAAUGUCAAGCCCUAAGCUUACUGAAAGCCCAGGCUUAAAUGAAUUUUAAGAAAGUUUACAAGGUGAUACAUUUAUUGUUAGCGAUAAACAAAUUAUAAGUAGAGAAAAUAUUGAUGAACUUAAGCAGAGUGAUAUUGAAAGCUGUGAAUAAAAAAUAGAAGAUGAAUCAAUUGAUUAUAUGUAGGAAGAAGAGUUUUUGUGUGAUGAUCUAGAUGAUUUUGAAACUGAUAUGUAGGAUAUCGAUGGAGAGUAAUAUUUAGAGGAACAAGCUUUAGAAUCUUAUUUUUACUCAUUAAAGAAGAGAGUACUCACUAUUUUAUAUAAAAACUACUAAACUAAGCAGCUGCAAAAGCAAUCUCUACACUAAAUUUUGUUGAGAUUUUAGGCCAAAAAUUAUUUUCUGCAAUGGAAUGAGCUUUCGCUUCAAAUAUCAAAGGAAACUUAAUUGCAAGAAAACAAUAUAUAAAAUGGAUAAGAAAUUAUGUUAAGCAAAAAUAGUUUUGACUAAUAAAAAGGCUAUAUGAGCACAAAUAUGGAGGAAUUUUAAACAGAUUGCUAUAAUCAUCAAUAAAAAGAAACUGAUUGCUUAAGUAAUACUUAUAAAAAUAAAUAAGAAGUAGAAAAUGUUCAAAAAACAAAGGAAAAUAGUGAGUCUUUUAAAAUUGAAACUCAAAACGAAUCUUAAAGAUCAUCAAAAAUAGAUAAAACAGAAUAUAAUUAUGAAGAUUUUUAAAAUUCAAAUAUGAAAUCUUUUGAUUAAAUAAACGAGAAAAUAUUUUUUGGAAAUUAGUCUGAAGACAUCAAUGCUCUCAAGGAUGAAAAUUAAGUGUUUGAAUAAAAAGAAUUUGAAAUUAAAACUCAAAGUGCGAAUCAAAUAAAUCAAUUUUAUAUAGAUGAUGUUUAAUUUAUUGAUUAAGAGUAAUUUGAUGAAAGAGUAGAUGGAUCUUCUAACUACAGCUCAAUUAAUUGUGGAAGUUCAUAAAAUAAAGAAAAUGGUCAACAUAAAACUUAGACUUACUAACAUCUAAAUGUUUUUUAGUAAAAAAGUGAAAAUUAAAAAAAUUAAAAUACUGAAUAAAGCAGUACAGACAGAAGCGAAAGAAAUGUAGUCUAAAAAUCAUAUAUCUAAAAUACUGCUUGCAAUUCAUAAUAUCUCAGGAAAGAUGAUCAAUAAUCUAAAGUUUUAAAUACUGAGCAUUAAUCCUAAUUUGUUUACAAAGAUUAAGCUACGUAAAAGGUCAUAUUAGAAUAGGCAUAGCCAAACACUACAAUUUAUUAGCCAAAAUAAAAUAACUAGAAUGAACUUUAAGUCGAGCAAAGUAUUUAUGAUGAAAGAUCUUUUGACACACUCUCCACAUAAAAGCUAAGUCAAUCAGGUAUCUAAAAUAAAUUUAGCAACAACAAGGAGUCUGACAAGACCCAUAUUUGUUAGCCUUAAAAGAACUAAGACUUUAUAGAUUCUUAUCGCAAAUAAUCUUCAGUAAAAUUGUAUAAUCUGACUAUUGGUAACAAUUUUAAUACUUUAAAUAACACCCAGAUUUUAAGAGAUAAUGAAAUCUAAGAGAGGGUUUAGGAUCAAUAAAUUGAUUAAAAUAUAAUUUAAAUAGCCCAGCCUACUUUUUAAAACUUUAUAAACUAGAAAGAAGAAGCUAAAAAAUAAUUAAAUAAAAAUCAAUCAGCUCAUCUUGCAUAGUAGCAUAGUGUUUCAACCAAUGAAAUAGAAACUGAUAUUCUUAAUUUUGAGAAAUCUUUAUUGAAUCCUUAAAUAUUAAAAGAUGAAGGCUAAAGUAAAUCAUAGACUGAAUAUGAAAAUUCUUUAAAUUAAUAAUAAAGCUGUUAAAUUUCAGAGAGGAAUAAAUAGAUAAAUAUAGAUUUAAGAUAGCUUAAAUCGCUGGAAGAUGAAGAUUAAUUAGCUUUUGAGAAAGAAAAUUACUUUACCCAUAGAAAAAAUGACAACGAUCAUGACAAACGACUGUCUUAGAUCGAAGCAUUUUCUAUUUCUAAAAACAUUGAGUUAACUCCAGUUUAGUAAUAAAUGAUACUCUCUUCUCACAGAAAUAACAUUAAAAGCCAUAAUACUUAAUCUAUCUCAUAGGAACUUGAAGAAGAACAAGAAUAAGCUGUAGAUGACUUAGCUCAUGAAGUUGCUUUCUACAUAUUUGGCAAAAAGUUAUUUAAAAAGCUUAGACUAGCUUAUAAAACAACAAGGACUUUAGAUAGACCCCAAAGUUCUCGUUGCGUAAGACACUUAACUUAAUAUAGCAGCAAUGAAUAGCUAAGGAUUUAAUAAGUGAAGAUAGAGACUAUGAGAAAAUGCUUUGAUAUGCUUAAAUAGCUAAAAGACAUCAAUAAAAAAAAGAAAGAAAUUUAAUAAAGACUUUUUAAUUACUAUGAAGUGAGGUAUAUUCGCCGUCCGUUAAAAAUUUGGUACCAAAAUAAUAAAAUAUGGUUAGCUCAAAAAGUAAGCUUCACAAUAAUUAGCUAAACUAUGCUCAAGCUUUAAAUUUGUGAGGCAUUUAAAAAAAUAAAGAAAUACAGCCUGAAUAAAAAGAGAGAAGAUACAAUAAAUAAUCUUCUGAAAUACUAUGAAAGGGCUCCUUCUCCUUAUCUUUCGAAAAGCACAACUCUUGAAAAAAAAAUAUAAACAAUAAAUAAAACUAGCCAGAAUUAAAAUGAGAAAGGACUCUCUCAAAUAGAAUAAAAUAAAUCUUAGCUAAAUAGCAAAAAACAUUUUCAAUCAUUUGAAGAAUUAGAUAAAGAAAAUAACUCGAUUUUAUGUAAUAUGAACACUCAUUCAUCAUAAGUUGAAGAUCCUUUUGUCUAUUCGAGAAAAGAUUCAAAAAAUCUAAGCAUGAAUAAUGUUACCUCAAGCAACAAAAGACUUUAUUAGCAUUGUUAAAAAAAUGAAGAAAUAUUAAAAAACUAACCUAAUUAGAAUUCAAACUCUUCCUACCCAAUCUAAUUGAAGCAAGAGAUAUAGGCGACAACAGCAGCUACUAAUAUUUAUCAGAAGAAACAAGCUGAUGAAUCUCAAUACUAAAAAUAACCUAAUUUGAACUUCAGCAUUCAGAAUAAAAAUUAGCAAUAGAGUGAAUAAUUUUCAACAGAAGGAGAGUAAAAUUUAUAGAUUUGUAAAAAAGUUAGGAACUUGAGAAAUUAUUAAUCAAUUCAAAUUUAUGAAUAUGGAAUCAAUAAUUCUACAGAAGCCAGUGAUCAUGACUUGAAUAACUACAAUUCGAAGGUAUCAUUAUUUGAAUUAAAUACCAAAACAAAGAACUCAAUAUCUUAGAAUACAGAUAUUUCAGGAAUUAUUAGUGAUAAAUCUUCUAUGGUUUAUAAUUGCUCCAGAAAUGCUCCAUUUAAUUCAGGUUAAAGCUGCAUUCCUACCUCUGCUAAAUCUAAUCACCAGAACCUAUUAAAAACAAACGAAGAAGUUGUGAAUACGCAUAAAGAGGGAAAUUUAAAAAAUUUAGAUUAUAAAUUCGAAUAAGAGAUUUCAACUUCAAAAUUUAAUAAAUAAUAUGAAGAACCUCCUGAUUAAAAUUCUUCAUUAAAAAAUUCAUUCAUUUUUGAAAAUAAAAAUAAUUUAAAAAGUACUUUUUCCUAAAUUAAUCAAAUCUACUCAAAAAAUGAAAUACAGUCUGAUAGAUAAAAAAGUUAAAACUACCUUUUUGAUUAAAAUACAAAUUGUAUGACUUAAAAGCCUACACUUCUCCAUAAAGGUUCCUCUAAAUAAUUUGAAAAUAGAGCACUUUCCCAAAGAAAUAAUUUAAAUGAUUUAAAUAUUCAAUAAGAAGCAACUGACUUUAUUUGUAAUUAAAAAAGUAAAUUUUAAGAAAUAUAUUAACCUCCUCCCCACUAAAAUGAAAGUUAUUAGAAAAUCAACCUCACCCCAAAGAGGAAUUAACAAAAUUAUAAUUUCUCAAAUAUUUAAAAUGUUAAUAGCUAAAACCAAAGCAAUUCAAAUACAAUAAAAAAUUAAAAUGCAUUUACGUUUACACAUAGUUAAAUUAAAAAUUCGCUCAGCGUUUCAACUCAGCAAACUAAUUACGAAGAAAGAGAUAAAUUUUAAAUUAAUUCAAAAGAGUAUUAAUAAUAACUUUUAUCAAACAUAACAAAUAACUCGUCUUACUAAUUAAAAGAAGCUGGAAAAAUUAAAAAAAAUUCAUUUAAUAAAUCCUUUAUUGAGGAUAAAGAAUAAUUAGAUCAAAUUGAUUCUUAAGAACUGAAUAUAAAAAUUUAAACUAAUCAAAAAUAAAACUAAAUAUCAGCUAAUACAUUUGAUCGUAAUACUUUGAGCAAUCGAGGUAAACAUAGCUACAGCUUUAGUUAAAAUCUAAAUAGUUUCUCUAACUAGGAUAAUUACACAAUUAGCAAUAAACCAAGUAAUUUAAAUAACGAUUCUAAUGGAUUGAUUUCUUUUGUCAAUCGUAACAGAAGCAGUAGUAGAAUUAAUCAAUAGCUUGAAUAAUAAGCAGAGGCGUUUAACUCUAAAAAGUUGAAUUCAAGUAGAAAUUUAUAAAAUAAUUUAACAGAAAAGCAAAAUCAAUCUUGCAAUGAUCAAAUGCUAUGCAGUAGUAAAAUAGAUGGCUAGAAUUUAUUUUUAAAGUACUAGUAAGGUUAAAAUAAUUAAAAUGUACAUGAGAUCUAGUAAUUUAAAAUUUAACAUGAUAGACAAAUAAAUAACAAUCCUCUAAAACCUCCUCUUUAACAUUAUUAACAAAAAACUGAUAGAUCUAGCGAUAGCAUGACUGUAGAAAUCAAACCUUAAAACUAAUUAAAUAUUUAGUAACAGGUUAAUAAAAUGGCAAAGAUAGAAUAAAAUAUUCACCACAAAUCAUAAAAUUUCUAGAAAGACUCAAAAAAUGGAGAUCUAAAUACAUUAAAUUCCUCUUUUAGAUCUAAUUCAAAAACUAAUUACAACCCUCAUUUUAUUGAAAGUAAUUAAAUUGUGACUUUAAAAUAAAAAGUAGAUAUUACUCCUUAAAGAAGAGUUUAAUAAGAUGAAAGCUGCAACUAGAUUAAUUUAUCUCUACAUCAAAAUAAAGAAUCAGAAUAAUAUAAAACUACUAUUAAAUAUUCGGCAUAUUAGAAUUAACCAGAUGAUUAAGUAAAUUAGUAAGAGUUUCAGCACUUAGAGACUAUCCAUUACAAUUUACCUUAGAAUUACCUUAGUCAUUUAAAAAAUAAAUAAUUUUCACAGAGGAUAUAAGAGACAGCAAAAUAAAUUGAAAUAGGAAAGCUGCCAAUAACUUAGUAAAAGCAAGAAAAAAUUAACUAAUUAUAAUAAUACCAAUAUUUUAAAUAAAUCUAAUAAUAAAAAAGCCAAUAAUAAUAAUAAUAUUCAAAUAAACAACUCAGCAAUAGUUCAUCAGUUAAUAAUAGUUUUUCAAGAAAUGCAUAAAAGCAAUAAAAUCAGAAAAAUAGCAAUAAAAAUGAUUCAAUAAAUGCAUCACAAGAAAGAAGCAAAAAAAAAGAUUUAACUGGUGUCGGUUAAAGCAUUUAAAAUAUUUUAUACUUCGAAGCCAAGAUAAGAAGUAAAAGACUUGCUAGGAGCCAGGAAAGAUCUAAAAAUGACUCGAUCGAGCUUUGCAAAAAACUUGAAAAUCUUGAAUAGUAUAUUGAAUAAAUAAAUUUUGAGUUAAAAUAAGAAAAAGAAAAAAAAUCACUCUUGCUUGAAGAGAAUGCUUAGCUUAUUAACUAAUAAGAAUAAUAUUGA